CAAACAUGGCGGGUGUUCGCGAACUUUCAUACCUUUCUCUGACAGCCUUUUUCACAGUCGUUUUAAUAAUUAUCGCAAGAACUGUGAUGUAUUCUCAUCAGCCAACAGCUGCCUACCCAUGCAAACCAAGUGAUCUAGAUUAUAUCAAUGUAGACGAGGACGUGAAGAGAAGGUUUCAAACUGCGCUUUCUAUCCAAACGGUUUCCUGGAAUGUUGGAAAUUACAAUCGAGAAGAGUUACACAAUUUCCUUCAGUUUAUUCUGAGAGAGUUUUCAGAUGUGUUUAGCCAUUCCCUUGUUGAACACAAAAUUAUUGGAAACUACAGUUUGCUUGUUUCCGUAAAAGGAAGUAACACAUUGCUAAAGCCCUAUCUGAUUGCUGGUCACUUUGAUGUAGUACCUGCCACCAAUGAAUCAUGGGAAGUACCCCCCUUUGAAGGGCGUGUUCAAGAUGGGUACUUCUGGGGAAGAGGAACUUUGGAUCACAAAAAUGGAGUCAUGGGCUCCCUGGAGGCUCUCAAAUUUCUUCUCAAACAAGGUCACCAACCACAGCGCAGCUUUUUCUUAGCUUUUGGACAUGAUGAAGAGGUCCUAGGAAUCGAUGGAGCAAAGCAAAUUGCAGCAUAUUUAAAAUCUCAAGGAGUGAAGCUGGAAUUUUUAGUCGAUGAGGGAACAGUCAUUGUUAAAGAUGCUUUUCCAGGUCUAAAGAAGUCAUAUGCUUUAAUUGGAGUAGCAGAAAAAGGCUACAUAACGCUAGAACUAAGUGUGCAAACUUCAGCUGGGCAUUCGUCAAUGCCACCUAGGGAGAGCAGUAUUGGAAUCCUGUCAAAUGCUGUUGCAAAAUUAGAGACCUGUCCCAUUCCUGCUGUAUUUGAUUCCACUGGUCCAGUAAGGGAAAUGUUUGAAAAUUUUGCCCCUCAGGUUCCAGUCUAUCUGAGGGCUAUCUUGGCAAACCUGUGGCUUUUCAGCCCAAUUGUUGUCAGAAUCCUUGAGAAGAAACCUACAACAAAUGCUUUCCUUCGGACAACAACUGCUGUAACUCAGUUUAACGCCGGAGUCAAGGCCAACGUGAUACCCUCCUCUGCAAGAGUCACUGUAAACCAUCGGGUUCAUCCGAGUAACACGAUUGAAGAGGUUCUGGAGCAUGACCGUCGCUGUAUUAACGAUGAUCGUGUUAGCAUUCGUGUGAUGCAGUCAGCCAAGCCCUCACCCGUCUCUAGCUGGGAUAAACAUUCAUUUGGAUUCCAGGUUAUUUCUCAAAGCGUGCGGCAAGUUUUCCCAGAAGUUGGCGUAUCGCCAGGACUUAUGAUAGCAAACACAGAUACCAAGUAUUAUCUAGAGCUCACAGAUGCCGUCUACAGAUUUAUGCCAUCAGUUUUGACACCAGAGGACGCCAAACGAAUCCAUGGGUUUAAUGAAAGAAUUGGAGUCAAGAAUUAUGAAAAGACAAUAAAUUACUUCUAUCACGUGAUGAUUAAUGCAGAUGCAGCAAGUUUAGACACAGAUACUGAACACACCGAACUAUAACAAGCGAGGAAAGAUGACUUCCGAAGACUUCAGGAAGCUUCUGGAACACGAAGCGAAUCCAUGCUGAUGCCAAAUCUGACUUCGUUAACCGAAAAAAAAAUUCAAAUUUUUAAAGAAUGUUUUGAUAUUUAUCGCGAAAAUAUUUUAUCUGCAGGUACAACGUCCUACAAGUUUUCUUACCAUAAUUAAUUAUGUUGAGUACCACCCAUAAAGUAUUUUUUGUAAGGUGGUUUCAGGAACAUCUAUUGGACUAGUGUUCAUGUAGCUAUGGGAUGAAACUCUCAUCUCAGUAGAUCAGGGAGAGGCAACUGCCAUAGCUGUUUCUCUUGGCUCCUGUUUUAGCGUCUGACGGCACCAAUCAAAGCCAAGACACAGGUAAUGAGCCCCUACUUUAAUGAUUGUAGAUAUUUUUAAUAAGUAUAUACCACUCAGGUGUCCUUUUUGUGCGUGCUCAUUGGCUGGCUGGUUCAGAAAUGAUUUGCGUGUAUAAUUCAUCUCUAUUACACUGAAGAGAUAUUUAUUUCUGGCCAUUUUUCUGGUAUAUUGACUAAUUAUUUUUGAUUAAGGGGGGUACGUUUUUAAAGGAAUUGUGGUGCUGCAUUGGUGGGAGAGUAUAACAGGGUAAUUUAGUCUAAUCAAGCGAGAUAAAAGCAUAAAUUGACCACUGUAAAGACUUUAAAGGCAUUAGCCUUUCGCCAAUUGCUCUGAUGAAGGGCUAACACUCAAAACGUCAGCCUUUAAACUCUUUAUGGUGGCUAAUUUACAUUUUCAACUCAGUUGAUUGCACCUUAUUAUUUUAAAAUUUGUUUGGUAUAUACUAAAACAAUUAUUCACCUCAGUGUUGGCGAAAGUAGUGGAUAUUUACCUUGCUGCUACACGGCUGUGUAAAUAUUCACCUCUACUAAGGCCAAUAAUUGUUUAUUAUUAAAUUAUUAUAAUAACAAUAGUAGAAAUAAUAAUAAUAAUGAUAAUAAUGCUAAUAGCAUUUCAGUAUGUAAGAGAAACAGUUAUUUAACCCUAUAACAGUAAAAUGGAUUUUUAUUCUUAAUAUAUUUUGUGAAGAAUCAGAUCACUUAUAUUUACGCUUUCUAUUUGUAAUUAUAUUUAUGACUGCACAGUAUCUGCAAACUCUGUAAAUCAGUAAGUGGUUGCCUUGAAAUUCACAAUCAAGACUUGCUUAACCGCAAUUUAUUUAAAAUUCAGCAUCAUUACUCAAAGUUCUUGUUUUUGUAUCCAAUUUUAUUAAAUACAAAGAAAAAGUGUUUUACAGUUGUGGA